AUGCCCCCAGGGAAGCAUGGGAUGCAGGAGGAGUGGGAGCGAGAGUGUGACCAAGGCAUCAGGAUGGACUUCCUGUUGCCCACUGGCAUCUACCUCACCUUCCCAGUGUCUCAUAAAGACACAAUCAAGAGCAUCAAGUUGCUGGUUUGGGAAAAUGCCAGAAAAGAGGCACUUUUCUCAGCACUUGGUCAUCCAGACGCAUAUGUCUUCACUUGCAUCAAGCAGACGGGUGAGAGUGAGGAGCUGGAGGAGGAAUCGAGGCGUAUAAGUGAUGUGCAGCCCUUCAUGGGCGUUUUGAGACUGGUGGCCAGGGAGGGUGACCGUGUUGAGAAACUCACCAACAGCCAAAUCAGCUUUUUAAUAGGCAAAGGCCUGCAUGAGUUUGAGGCCCAGAAAAACCACGAGGUGAGUGAGUUUAGGACCAAGAUACGAGCGUUCUGCGAGGAAAAGGCUCAGCUACGGCAGGCGUCACCAUGGCAACAGUGGAUGGCAUACAUGUUCCCAUGUGACCUGGAGCCAUGCUGCUACCUGCCGAUGUGCGGCAAGUCACAAAACACCAAGAUCUUCAUUAACAUCAAGUUUGAGGCCUGUGACGAAAGCUUCAUGGUGCAGCAGGAGCUAAAAGACCUCCCCAUGGCUCUAAUGAGAAGUGCCCUUAAGAAGAAGGCCACUGUCUUCCGCUCCCUGCAGCAAGAGCCUGAGGACUACGUUUUACAGGUUAACGGAAGGUGGGAAUUCAUCUAUGGGACACAUCCCCUGUGUCAGUUUAAAUACAUAUUUUCCUGUUUGAGAGCUAGCCAAACUCCUCAUCUCACCUUGGUGCACCACUCCACUAUCAGCAAGUAUCAGGAAGAGCAUGGGAGGAUGUGUAGUCAGGUGUGCAAGAGUCGCUCCUUGUCCAGACCUCCUCCUUUGCCACUCAAGAAGCAGAACACCACCUCUCUUUGGUCCAUAAAUGAGCCUUUCUACAUCCAUCUGCUUCAAGGCAGCCGAGUCAAUGCAGAUGAAGGAAUGAAGCUUGUGGUGCAGGCUGGACUCUUUCAUGGAAAUGAACUUCUCUGUAAGGUGGUAACCAGCUCCGAGGUGGCAGUAAGCUCUGAGCCUUUAUGGGACCAAAAAGUGGAGUUUGAUAUAAAUGUGGCCGACCUGCCUCGGAUGAGCAGGCUUUGCUUUGCCCUCUAUGCCGUCUUCGACAAGGCAAAGAAGCCCCGAGGUACCAAAAAGAAGAAUAAGAAAGUGGACUGUCCUAUAGCCUGGGGGAACACCAUGGUGUUUGACUACAAAGACCAGUUGAAGACCGGCGAAGUUGUUUUGUCUACAUGGCCAUCUGUUCCUGAUGACAAAAGUGACCCUCUGAACCCGAUGGGAACGGUUGAGAAGAAUCCUAACGUUGACAGUGCAGCUGGCCUUCUCAUCCGCUUCCCAAACAUCAGACCUCAUCCGCUCUACUAUCCUCCUAUUGACAAGAUAUGUGGUGUGGAAACAAAUGGGGAUGCAGCUGUCGCAACAAAAGAAGAGAACCUGAAACUGAAAGAAAUAAUGGACAACAAAAACUACACAGAGUUCUUCGAGGAUGAGAAGGAGCUGUUGUGGAAGCUCCGCGCAGAAGUCCGAGACUAUUAUCCUGAAAGUCUUUCCAAGCUCCUCCUCAUCACCAAGUGGAAUAAGAGAGAAGAUGUUGUCCAGAUGGUGAGUCUUCUGAGGAACUGGCCCGAACUCCCUGCUAUCCCUGCCUUGGAGCUCUUAGAUUACAGUUUUCCAGACCCCGCAGUCCGUUCUUUCACCAUCAGAUGCCUCAGGAAGCUCAGUGAUGACGAGCUGUUGCAGUAUUUAAUACAGCUGGUUCAGGUCCUUAAAUACGAGUCCUACCUAGACUGUGACCUCACAACGUUCCUGCUCGAGAGGGCCUUAUUCAACAGGAAGAUAGGGCACUUUCUCUUUUGGCAUCUCAGGUCAGAGAUCCACGUGCCAUCUGUCAGCGUACGGUUUGGCCUGAUUCUUGAGGCUUAUUGCAGGGGUAGCAUCCACCACAUCAAACUCUUAACUAAACAGAACGAGGCUCAAGGCAAAAUGAAGGUCCUCAGCGACUCAGUCAAAUCAGGCCCCCAGAAAAUGAAUGUUGAAGACCUGAAGCUGUUCAUCAGACAGGAGUCAGAUGCUUUGUCCAACCUGCUGUCACCACUCAAUCCGAGCGUCAUCCUCGCUGAAAUCUGUACAGACAAGUGCAGAUUUAUGGACUCAAAGAUGAAACCACUCUGGUUGAUGUAUAAGAGUCCUUGGACUCAAGGAGACAUGGUGGGCAUUAUUUUCAAGAAUGGGGAUGAUCUUCGGCAAGACAUGUUGACACUCCAGAUGAUCCAACUCAUGGAGAAUUUGUGGAAGAAAGAAGGACUGGAUCUCAGAAUGAUCCCAUAUGGGUGCUUAUCCACUGGGAACAAGAUGGGCUUCAUUGAGGUGGUGAAGAACUCGGAUACAAUCGCCAAUAUCCAGCGAAAUAACAGCAACAGUGCUGCCACUGCUGCCUUUAAUAAAGAUGCCCUGCUCAACUGGCUCAAAUCCAAGAAUCCAGGAGACAAACUGGAGCAAGCAAUCGAGGAGUUUACCCUCUCUUGUGCUGGCUACUGUGUAGCUACUUAUGUUUUGGGCAUUGGAGACCGUCACAAUGACAACAUUAUGAUCAGGGAAACAGGACAGCUGUUUCACAUUGACUUUGGACAUUUCCUGGGAAACUUCAAGCGCAAACUCGGCAUCAACAGGGAACGUGUGCCUUUUAUUUUGACAUACGACUUUGUUCAUGUGAUUCAACAAGGGCGAACGAACAACAGUGAGAAGUUUGAGAGGUUCAGGGAAUACUGCGAGCGAGCAUAUAAGAUCCUGUGUCGAAACGGGACGUUGUUUGUCAACCUCUUUGCAAUGAUGAAGGCAGCUGGACUGCCCGAACUCUCUUCCUUUAAGGAUAUUCAGUACCUAAAGGAUUCUUUAGCUUUGGGCAAAUCAGAAGAAGAGGCACUGAAGAAUUUCAAAGUGAAGUUCAAUGAGGCUCUCCGAGAGAGCUGGAAGACCAAGGUCAACUGGAUGAUGCACUCUUUGGCCAAGGAUAACAGACCAUAA